CCACUAGGCGUCGUACGGUUGUGUCUCUGAUGAGAAUAACUGAAUAAGAAUUGACAUUCUCGACUUCUCGUAUAAAAGGAACUGACUGUCACUUGGUUGGUUUUCAGUGUACAUUUUUUGUUGUGAUCAAUUCUAACUUUCGAGAUUUGAUAUCGCUUCAAGAUUUCAAUUUUAAAAUGAAUGUAUUGUUAGCUGUGCGCAUGUACAUCAGUAAAAUGAUACAGGAUAGUGGUCCGGGAAUGAAAGUAUUAUUAAUGGACAGAGAAACGAUUGGAGUUGUGAGCGUUGCGUAUGCACAGUCAGAAAUAUUACAAAAAGAGGUUUACCUCUUUGAGCAAAUCGACAAAUCUGGACACGGACCAAUAAUGAAACAUCUGAAAUGUGUUGUCUUCUUAAGACCUUCUCAGGAGAAUGUGCAACUCCUGGCAACUGAAUUGAAGUCUCCACGAUAUGGAGUCUACUACAUAUAUUUUAGUGGGAUAAUUUCCAAGGCAGCUAUUAAAGUUUUGGCAGAAUCAGAUGAACAGGAAGUUGUCAGAGAAAUUCAAGAAUUUUAUGCUGAUUUUUUUGCUAUUGGACCUCACUUAUUUUCAUUGAAUUUGGAGAAACCUAUACAUGGAAUGGAGUGGAACCCCAAUAGCUUACAGAGGUCUGUUCAAGGUGUUUUAAGUGUGUUAUUAAGCUUGAAGAAAAAUCCAAUCAUCCGAUACCAGCACUUCUCUCCUCUGGCUCGCCGUCUUGCUGAAAGCAUACGUGACACAGUGUUAAAAGAGUCUUCUUUGUUUCAUUUCCAAAGAGGAGAAAGCGUGCCGCUCUUAUUAAUUUUGGAUCGACGAUGUGAUCCAAUUACACCCUUGCUUAAUCAGUGGACAUAUCAAGCUAUGGUGCACGAAUUAUUGACGAUAAAAAACAACAGAGUUAGUUUAGUUGGUGUUCCUGGUGCGCCAAAAGACAUGAGCGAAGUCUUACUCUCUGCAGAACAGGAUGAAUUUUAUGCAAAUAACAUGUACCUGAACUUUGGAGAUAUUGGCCAGACUAUUAAGUCAUUGAUGGACGAAUUCCAAGCAAAAGCUAAAAGUCAUCAAAAAGUGGAAAGCAUAGCUGAUAUGAAAGCGUUUGUGGAAAACUAUCCUCAAUUCAAGAAAAUGUCAGGAGCAGUCACGAAGCACGUGACUUUAGUAGGCGAACUUUCGCGCGUGGUGACCCAACAUAAUCUUUUAGAAAUUUCGGAAGCCGAACAAGAACUCUCUUGUCAAGAGGAACACUCGCAGUCACUCACAAAAAUUCGUCGCUUAUUGGCUACUGAUCAAAUCCGAGAUAUUGAUGCUUCCCGUCUUGUGUUUCUUUAUGCUAUUCGAUAUAAUAAGCACCCAAAUAAGGAUAUUUUAGGCCUUGUAGAAUUGCUUCGACGUCGAGGAACACCUGACCGAUUAAUUGACUCUGUGGACGACAUGCUUCGCUACAGCAAUUCCGGUGAAACUGUCAGUUCGAGUUUUCUUACUACAAAGGAUGUAACCAAAAUCACUGAAAAAAUUUUUAAGGGUUUAAAGGGUGUCGAAAAUGUAUUCACUCAACACUCACCUGUCUUGAAAGACAUAAUGGACAAUAUAGUUAAAGGACGUUUAUCCGAAGACGCCUUUCCUGCUGCUGGAGGCGAAUCUACUGCUGGAAGAAUCCAAGAUGUUAUCAUCUUCAUGGUAGGCGGAGUGACUCACGAAGAGUCGUUCGCCGUGCAUCAGUUCUGUCGAGCCAAUACCGGUAUUCGGAUCGUUCUUGGAGGAACCCUAAUUCAUAAUAGUCAGUCGUUUAUGACGGAUGUGGAAGCAGCCGUUAGAUAUUCAGCCUCAGGCACAUCCCUAAAGUAUCCUCAAAAUUCAUCCUCAUCAGGUUCUGGUCGCCAUCCUAAGUUAACUUGAGCUAUUGAGAUUUUUUUUCAUUAAAUUUAUCAUACGGUAUGAACCAAAAGCUAUCAAAGAAGUCGAUUAUAUUAUUUGUUUUAUUUUCCAUGAGCACAUGCCAUUGUUCAGCUGAAUGUAAAAAUGAUGUUUUCCCUAAUUGCACCCAAUUAAUGUUUAAUUGCUAUAUAUGUGUUGAAAUUUAA